AUGGCGGACGUUGAAAUGAAGGAGGCUUCGUCCUCCAAAGCAAAGGCCAUAUCCAAGGCAGAGGGAUCCAGCGACGGCAAGAAGAAGUUUGAGGUCAAGAAGUGGAAUGCCGUUGCCCUAUGGGCGUGGGAUAUUGUUGUUGAUAACUGUGCUAUUUGCCGUAACCACAUCAUGGAUCUUUGCAUUGAGUGUCAAGCAAACCAAGGCUCGUCCACUACAGAGGAGUGCACAGUUGCCUGGGGAAUCUGCAAUCACGCAUUCCAUUUUCACUGCAUCUCUCGCUGGCUGAAGACACGCCAGGUGUGCCCUCUUGAUAACAAAGACUGGGAGUUCCAGAAAUAUGGCCGGUAA